UCGAUGACUGAGGGGGACAUUUAUGUAUUCAGCCAAAUACCGUGACCGGAGUAUAGUACCCAAUGAAAGACGUGGGCUUGUUCCCCCAACCCCAUCCCAGAAGCUGGGGGCCAACUUUGAAGCUGGUGUCGAACUGAGUGCCUCCACCCAGAAUUUAGCCUCAGUUCAAGCUGGGGAAGGAGGACAACGGCAUCCAAUAGAAGACCCUGGAUCACAGAGAGUGAAUCGGAAGACGUACCAGGAGAAAUGGAUGCUAGAAGAAAACACUGGAAGGAGAAUAUGUUUGCUCCUUUUUUCAGUGCACAGGAUGUUCUAGAUGAGGAUUCUCAGCCUGAAUCAUCUUCUGAACAAAUGACUUUAGAUAAGGCCAAUAGAAUAGAAGGAAUUUAUAAUUUGUCUAGUAGAAAGUUUCAAGAAGAAAAUAAAUUUAAGAGGAAAGAAUUUAUUUCUCAACGAAAUGAAAAAGAACAAGAACCAAAUUUAAGAGGGAGAAAGGUAAACAUUUCAAAGAAUGAAGCAGACACAAAUUCUGUCUCCUGUGAAUCAUCUAAUUUGGAUGUUGUGACCGAAGAAAGGGUUAUUAGCGUGGAACAUCAUUCUUCCUGGACUACAAAGGAAUUACCAACCCUCCCGUGGCACGACACGAAGAAGAAAUUUACCGAAGGAAUGUCUCCAAAACUUCGCCUGAAUCUUUUGAACGAAGAACUGGAAGAACUUAAUAUGAAAUGCAGAAAAAUAGAAGAGGAAUUUGAAAAUGCCGAAAAAGAACUCUUGAACUCCAAAAAAGAAGUCUGUGCAAAAUCCCUGAAUUUUCAGGACACAGGGACGGAAGCUUCAAAGAAAGACUGGGAGCUCCAAGCUUUAAGAAAUGACCUAUCUGAAAGAGCAACAAACGUCCAGAACUUAACUGAAGAGCUCCAGCAAGCCAAAGAAGUCAUCCACAGGCUGAGCCGAGAGAACAGAGAUUUAAAAGAAGCCAUCAGGAAACUAAAGCGUCAAACUGAGAUUGGAAACGCACUCCUGAAGGAAGAAAUGAAACUGUAUUAUGAAUUAGAGAUGGAAAAGAUCCGCGGGGAGCUGGAUGCCAUCAAGAACGAACUGAGAGCUGAGAAGACCCUGCAAGCAAGAAAUAACAGGGCCCUGGAGUUGCUUAGGAAGCACUUUGCUUCUGUAACAUCAAGUACCCUUGACAGCUUGACAGAGGAGUUUUUUUAAAACUUGAAAAAAUAAAAAAAAGCCUUUCACGAGGCAAAUCUUGGAGCCAAA